CAGGGUCUGCCGCAUGUGAUGAAAGUAUCCACUCUCCGGGAGAGCACAGCCAUGGCUUCCCCACUGCCCGAGGAGCGGGAGGAGGAGCUGGCGCCUGUUGGCCCCGAGCCAGGUGACCUUCGGGCCAAGCCCCCCAUCAAGCCCAAGCCCUCAGCCUUGCCCAACAAGCCAGCUCUGCCUGCCAAACCCAGCCUUUUGGUGCCUGUUGGGCCUCGGCCUCCUCGGGGUCCCCUGGCUGAGCUGCCUUCUGCCCGGAAGAUGAACAUGCUGGCAGGACCUCAGCCCUAUGGUGUCAGCAAGCGUCCCCUCCCAUUCACUCCAAGGCCUACAAGUGAGGCUGGAGGAGAGGUUCCCCAAGAGUCUGGGAAAGAGGAUGCUGGGAAAGAAGACUUGCCCCCUUUGGCACCCCCAGCUCGAUGCGCUGCCCUGGGAGGUGUGCGGAAGGCCCCUGCCCCAUUCCGCCCCUCCUCUGAGCGGUUUGCAGCCAGUACAGUAGAAGAGAUUUUGGCCAAGAUGGAGCAGCCUCGCAAGGAGAUCCCUGCCAGCCCUGACCGCCUCUGGGGCUCCCGCCUCACUUUUAACCAUGAUGGGAGCUCUCGAUAUGGCCCUAGGGCCUAUGGUGUCCCUGGACCCAGAGAGGAGGAUGAUAAGACCCUUGCCAAAGGAUGGUCCCAGGAGGGGACAGCCAAGGGUCCUGCAGAGUGCCAGGAAGAACAUAGCAAGACCCCUGAGGAGAGGAGCCUCACUUCCAGCCUGGCAAUGAACGGGGACCUGGCUAAGCUGGCUAGCUCUGAACCACCUACCGAUGUCUCCAAGACCCGGGUCACCUCGAGUCCAGACCCCAUUUCAGAGCAUGGAGUCUCUUCCAGCCCAGUCCUCCCUGCUAAAGUCUCUGUCCCAGCCUCAGAGUGUCCCUGGCUUUCAAGCCACCAAAGUUCUCCUUGCCAGUCUCAGUUCUCAGAAGUUCCGAGUCCUGCAGCUCCUGAGGCUUCCAUCUGUCCCCCUGUGACUCCCGCAUCCCCUAGUGCAGCCUUGCCUGAUGAGCAUCCUUGUCAUUCCCCUAGCUCAGGGCUACCUGCUGAGGUAGCCCCGGAAACCCUCAGACCCAACAGCUCUUCUGUGGAGACAGUCUCAGGGCACCACAGCGCAGGACAGCCCCCGGUGGUCCUCUUGCCUCAAGCCCUGAUUGAGGGCACUGAGUUGCCAGAUCUUACGCUAACGUUCCCAUGUGGGGAGGAGGCCGCAGCCAGGGGUCACGCGGAACCCCGGCCCAGCAGCCUGGCUCAGCGCCGGUUCUCAGAAGGGGUACUUCAGCCACCUAGCCAGGACCAAGGGAAGCUGGGAGGCUCACUGGCUGCUCUGCCCCAAGAUCAGGGGAGCCAGUCCACUCUAGAUCGUCCCUUUGGAAGUGGGACGGAGUCUACCUGGAGCUUGUCACAGUCAUUCGAGUGGACCUUUCCCACAAGGCCCUCGGGUCUAGGUGUAUGGCGGCUGGAUUCCCCACCCCCAUCUCCCAUCACAGAAGCCAGUGAGGCCGCUGAGGCUGCUGAGGCUGGCAAUUGGGCUCCCUCUGACAGGGAAGAAGGAGUGCCCCAGCUGGGACCAGGUGCCCCAUCAGCUCCAGAGAGCCUAGGAAGGCCUAUUUCUGGGGUUCAGGGAAAUGACCCAGGCAUGUCCCUAGCCCAGAGAGAUGAAGGAAAGAGUCAGGCUCAGUCCCCAGCUGGCCUUCCCUCUACAGUUGAGGGGCCAUCUGGAACACCCUUACUGCAGGCAGAGGAGAGCUAUGAGGACCAGGAGCCACUGGCGGGGCAGGAGUCCCCCAUUACUUUGGCCACCAAGGAGGCAGCCCUGCCAGUGCUAGAGCCAGUGCUAGGACAGCAGCAGCCCACACCCCCUGACCAACCCUGCAUCCUCUUUGUUGAUGUACCUGAUCCUGGGCAGGCAUUGCCUAUUGAGGAAGAGGUGGUGACCUUAGGUUGGGCAGAGACCACCCUGCCCCAGGCAGAGGCUCAGGAACCCUGUCAGCUGUCCCCUGAGCCUGCGGGCCCUGAAAGCAGUUCUCGCUGGCUGGAUGAUCUCUUGGCGUCACCACCACCCAACUCAGGCAGUGCAAGGCGAGCAGCCGGACCUGAGCUAAAGGAUAUGCCGUCACCGAGCUCCUGCUCCGAGGGACUCCUUGGCUGGUCCCAGAAAGACCUGCAGAGUGAAUUUGGGGUUGCAGCAGACUCACAUCCCAGCAGUUUUGGUCCUUCGAGCUGGUCUCCAGAUGCUUCUCAGGACUACAGCGUCGGAGGCCGGAGCCCUGGUGGAGACCCAGGUCUUGGGAAAAGAGACUGGAUCAGCAAGUGUGGGCAAGGGUCUGGGGAGGGCAGCAGUAGGGAGUGGGUCAGCAGAUGCAGCCUUGGCCAAGAGGCGAUAGUGGUCAGCAGCGGCCACGAUGACAGUGAAUCGCCUGUCCGUGAGUGGGCAGCGGGAAAGCCAGCCCAGCUUGGCACGCGAGGUCUGGAGGCUGAUACACCGGAGUGGGGAUUUGGCAAGAGGGACUCCCAGGGCACUUACUCCAACUGUGACAAGGAGCUCCAGGCCCAGGAGUCUGGGAAGCGAGACCCCUUGGGUUCUUUCAGCGCCCGAGAUGCAAGCCUUCAAGACUGGGGGUUCGGGAAGAGAACAUCCCUGAGCAUCAGCCAGGAUGCAGGUGAGAAGAGUCAAGAAUUGGGGAUGAGGGACCUCUCCGGUGGCUAUGACAGCCAGGACACUGAGGAGCAGGACCGGGAGUUCGAGAAGCGAGAUUCUUUACCUGACACCCACGGCAGCCAAGCCACAGCCCGGCAGGACCAGGAGUUUGGCAAGAGUGCUUGGUUACAGGAUUACAGUGGCGGCGGCUCAAGGCUCAGUUCACAGGAGAGAGGAUUCGGGACACGAACCCUGAGCUCCGGGUUCAGCCCCGAGGAGGCUCAGCAGCAGGAUGAGGAGUUUGAGAAGAAGAUACCAAGUGGUGAAGACAGGUUUCGCGAGGCUAGCAGGGGUGUGGGCCAGCCGGAGGCUGGAGACGCUGGGGGCCUGUUGAGCCCUAGUACGCCCAAGCUGCCAGAUGGAGCCGCUAGGCAGAAAGACCAGGGCAACUGGCAAGAUGGUGACUCCAGCCAGGAGAUCCCAGGGCUGCAGGGGAGAGUGCAGGCAGGAAGUCAGAGCCCUACCAACAUCAGCUUGGAAGACAAACAGAUAGGGCAGCGAGGCUGGCCUGGGGAGUUCAGCUUUGGAGUCACAGCCCAGCCAGGGUCAGCAUUUAGUCCCGAGCAGCAAGACUGGAACAGGGACUUGUGCGUGGAGGGCACUGAGAGCAGCUAUCAGUUUGGCAUCAUUGGUGACGACAGAUUGAGUAUUACCUGCGUCAGCCCUUCCAGGAAGAUGGGAAGUGGCCAUUUUGUGCCUCCUGGAGAGACAAAGGCUGAGGCUGUAGACUGGACUGACCAGCUAGGUCUCAGGAACUUGGAAGUGUCUAGCUGUGUGAGUUCUGGAGGCUCAAGCGAGGCUAGAGAGAAUGUUGUGGGACGAAUGGGCUGGACAGACAGCCUGGGCUUGAACAAUGGAGAUCUCACCAGCCAUUUGGGAACUGGAGGUUCUGAGGAGCCCAGGGGGAUGGGAGCUGGGGAAAGGGACUGGACUUCCGAUGUGGAGGCGAGAAGCAGAGAUUUGCCAGGGCAGGGAGAAGUAGGAGGGAACAUCCAGGCCAGAGAGAGUGGGGUGGGGCAGCCUGACUGGUCAGGUGUGGAGGCUGGAGAGUUCCUUAAGUCAAGAGAGCGUGGAGUUGGACAGGCAGAUUGGACACCUGGUCUCGGAUUGAGAAACAUGGCCCCAGAGGCAGGCUGUAGCCCUGGAGAGCCCAGGGAACUUGGGGUGGGUCAGGCAGACUGGGGUGACAAUCUAGGUCUGCGGAACCUGGAGGUGCCCUGUGACUUGGAGUCAGGAGGGUCACGGGGCCGUGGAGUUGGGCAGACGGAGUGGGCCCAGGACUUGGGACUCCGGAACCUCAGGCUCUGUGGGGCCCCAAGUGAGGUCAGGGAGUGUGGGGUGGGGAGAGUGGGCCCCGACCUAGAGCUCGGACCUAAAAGCAAUGGCAGUUUGUCCCCUGGUUUGGAAACUGAAGACCCCCUGGAAGCCAGGGAGCUGGGGGUUGGUGAGACAAGUGGAACAGAGACACAGGGCGAAGACAGCUCACCUUCCUUGGAGACUCAUUCUGAAGACACUGGAAUGGACACAGGAGAGGUGCCCAGCGUGGGAGCCAGCCCCAGCAGGUGCCUGGCUCGCUCUCCACCUUCUGGCUCCACUGUUCUGGAGGGAACAGUGGCAGCCAGCAGCUCUAAGGCAACCUCACAAAGGGAAUCAGUAGCUUCAGGACUCAGGGUUGUGUUGGAGGAAGAAGGAGCCACUGCGGGUGCUGGCCAAGGGGAGCCCCAGGAGUCCAGCGGAGACCCUUUGCCUUCCUCGAGGCCUCAGCCCGAUGGUGAAGCCAGCCAGGGAGAUGAGGUGGAUGGCAGCUGGAGUCUUACAAGGGGCCCUAGGCAGGAGGAGCAGGGGUCAGCCCCGCCCCCCCGGCGGCCUCCCCGAGGACCUCUGCCCAGCUGCCCCAGCGAGGACUUCUCCUUCAUAGAGGACACCGAGAUCCUCGAUAGUGCCAUGUAUCGGAGUCGUGCCAGCCUAGGGCGUAAGCGGGGCCACCGGGCCCCAGCCAUCCGGCCUGGGGGCACCCUGGGCCUGUCAGAGACAGCAGACUCGGAUACUCGGCUGUUCCAAGAUUCAACAGAGCCAAGGUCUUCUCGGGUGCCAUCUUCAGAUGAGGAGGUGGUGGAGGAGCCUCAGAGCCGCCGGACACGGAUGUCCUUGGGCACCAAAGGGCUGAAAGUCAACCUCUUUCCUGGCCUGAGCCCAUCAGCCUUGAAGGCCAAGCUUCGCUCCCGGAACCGCUCAGCCGAGGAGGGGGAGGUGACAGAGAGCAAAUCAAGCCAGAAGGAGUCUUCCGUCCAGCGUUCAAAGUCCUGCAAGGUCCCAGGGCUAGGGAAGCCCCUCACGUUACCCCCGAAGCCAGAAAAAUCCUCAGGGUCAGAAGGAUCAUCACCCAACUGGCUACAAGCCCUGAAGCUAAAGAAGAAAAAGAUCUGAUCAGGGUCCAAGGUAAGGAUGUGCUCCUGGG